AUGAUCAACAGACACCCUUCUGGCGUCCUUGAUGCAGCUGAUGUUGUACGCAUCGAUCGAAGCCAAAGAGGCCUUUUGCGACCCACGAUUAGCCACGAUGUAGAACUUUUAGUGACCAACUUUGUUGCACACGAACACCACGACUAUACCGAUUUCCAACGUGCGUGGGAGACCUUGCAGUUUUAUCUCAUUCACUUUGGUGCUAUCGAAGAAGAGGAUCGACCACGUUACUUGCAAGCGUUCUAUGAUGCCGGGAGCUCCUACAUCAUGAGUGAUCAGCCGGCGAUGAAGAUUGCAGCUAUCUACACGUUGUAUUUCAUCUAUUACUCGCAGCCUACAUGUUGGAAACGUUUUGGGAUACGCGUUGAUCCAACAACGUGGUGUCAAUUGCAUGACUUUUAUGUUGCGGGUCUCGCUGACACUAGUACCCAUAACCAUGGACGAGCGGCUCUUGCUUUCAAGCAAAUGAUGAAUGAUGAUGCCUUCAUUUUCGUUGUCGAAACUUCAUUGAAGCCUGUGAAUCCAUUUGAGAUAAAGGAGAUGCAAUCAGAGAGGGAAUUGAUUCAAACGAUCGAAAAGUGGAGAAGAUGGAGGACUAGCAAUGAUGCUGCAUCUGCAGCUAUACAACCAAAUCAAGCAUCACAGUUCAAAGAUGUGUCCGAUGCAUAUCAACGAGCAAAGCAGUUAGCCAUCGCCACCACACAAGCCCCCAUAGCCGCACAACACAUGCUAAGGCGAAAGACUACAGUGACUGAACGUAGCCGCCCCACGUUACAACGUAUCUUGCGUAAUAGCAGUCUUGGUGCUGACGAAAACGACUUUCAACAAACACUAAGCAAUGCAGCACGUCUUUUAUGGAAAUCGAGAUUAAAGCGACUAGAGAAGAAACCUUUGAUAUUCAAUGCUCCUAAUCGACAACGACCUGGACCCGGGCAUAAGAAGAGAAGGCGAUCUCAGCCUCAACCAGUGGCUGAUGCGGCUGACACCCCAUAUUCACAACAGGAACCAGGGUCACCCUCUUCAUCAUCAUCAUCCAUAGAAUCAGAAUAG